GCAACAUGCUUAACUACAAAACCUAGUUCAGGUGAAAACACUAGCUAUUCCACACUCUCUACUCACUUACUCACUCCACAAUCCACACUGAUCAAUCCUCAGAAAUUUCCAACAAAAUACAAUAAUUAAAUUAAAUAAAAAUUAAACUGUUCAAUUUUUCCAACCUUACCUUUCUCCCUCCAAAUCUCCAAUAUUAAUCUCUCCAUAUACAUAUUCAUCAUUCAACUUCUCCAUCUCCUUCAUAAUCCUCUCUAUUUAUUUUCUCUCUCCUCCCACAAAAGAAGGAAAAAAAAGACCCACACAUCAAUUUUAAGGGUCUACAAUUCCACAAAUUAAUCCCCUUUUUUCCUUUUUUUUUUCCUUCUAAAAUAAUCACAACUAGUUUAAACCAUGGAAGAUGAUCUUCACCAAAACUCUAAUACCUCCACCUUCCCACUACACCUUCUUUCCACCCCACACGAUAACAAUAACAAACUCGACCUCACUGAGAAUCAUGAACAGUCGACCCUUCAAAGUGGUUCGCCUUCUGGGCCGAAGAAACCGGCCCCAAAGCGAACAUCUUCAAAAGACCGACACACUAAGGUGGACGGUCGAGGGAGGAGGAUUCGAAUGCCGGCUCAGUGUGCUGCCCGGGUUUUUCAGCUGACCAAGGAGUUAGGUCACCGGUCUGAUGGUGAAACUAUUGAGUGGCUUUUACAACAGGCUGAACCGUCUGUUAUUGCUGCAACUGGAACCGGGACUAUUCCGGCUAAUUUUACUUCUCUUAGUCUCUCGGUUCGUCGGUCCGGUUCGACAGUUUCCGCCGGUUCACAUACGAGGCCGGUUGGUUAUAACAAUAAUUACUUUGGUAAUAAUAACUUCUACGUUAGUCCUUCAAAUUGGAUGGGGUUUUCCAAUAUGUUGAUGAUUAACGCCGCUAGUGAUCAGUUGAGUAAUCAUCAUCCUAGCCGUCAGAUUAAUUUGUUCCCUAAUAGUGGGUUGGAGUUGUCCUCUACUCCCUCCGCCACAAUGCUCAAUCUACACCCUGGCGGCCGGGAUAAUGGUGACACGUGUCGUGAUAGCAACUGUCCUCCAGAAGAGGAGGACGAUGACGAGGAGGAUCGGGAUCAGAAUCUGAAUCAGAGUCGGAAUUUGAAUGUCGGGCUUGGGUCGGGUCACGGGCCGGGUUCCGGAAAUAACAGUACUACAACAACGUGGGCUUAUCCAAAUACUACCACUACUACGGGUACUAGUAGUGGAAACGGCACAGUGGCAAGUGGGUUACAUUUUAUGAAUUUUGUUAAUAGCAAUAAUAAUAAUAAUAAUAAUAGUAAUACAUCAAUGGGUUUUUUGGCCGGGCAUCCGGUGGUGGGAGGUGGCGGAUUUGAUGGUCAAUUCGGGAUGUUUGGCGGGUUCAAUAAUGGUAUGAGGAGUGUGGUACCGGGUACGAUAAUUGGAUCCCACACACAACAACAAGAAAGGUCUAAUAAUGUGGAUCAUGGAGAUGCUUCUAGCUAGAAACUAGCUAGGUAUGUUAUUUUGUAGAUGAUCAAAAUUUCAAUAAUUACCGAACAUAUAUUGAGUUGAGGCAUGAACAAUUUGUGUUUGACUGUUGGAAGGUCAUUAUUGUGUUAAUUAAUUGAUGUAAGUUUUUGACUUUUUAUUAUUUUUGAUUGAUUGAAUUGAAUUAUAUGACUACGAGAAUUUGUGUGUA